AUGUUAGGGAAAAAGAUUGUGUCACUUAAGAAACUAGUAAAAAAGGUGAAGGUUGUAGGUAGAAUUCACCACGACACUGCUCAUAAUAAGUUAUUGAAGGAAUAUGAAAAAGAAGAAGAAGAAAAACAUCCAAUUGCCAAAAAAAGUGGUGUUUUUGCACUAUAUGUUGGAGAGGAACGACAGAGAUACGUUGUUCCAGUUGAUUAUCUUUGUCAUCCUUUAUUCAAGAUGUUGUUGGAGAAAGCAUACAAUGAAUUUGGGUUUCAACAAAGGAAUGGUUUGGUUGUUCCAUGUAGUGUUUUAGCUUUUCAAGAAGUGGUUAAUGCUAUAGAAUGUAAUAAUUGUAAGUUUAGCAUGGAAAAUGUUUUUGAUGAAUUGAUUUGA